CGGAUGACGUGGCACCCACCCACCAUUGGUCACACUGAUUCAUGCGAUUUCCAAUUUUCAAUUCUCUUUUCCCACCCAAGGCACCAUUAUAUAAACCUGCACACCUCUGUUUCUCUUUCACUCUCACAUCACCACAACCACAACCAGAAGAACUAGCUUGCAACAAUGGCAGCUCAAUGGGAAUUAGCAGAAGAAGCACCCAUCCAUGGAGAUGUCUUAGAGACAAUCCUCUCACACGUGCCACUCAUCCACUUGGUCCCCGCUUGUCACGUGUCAAACACAUGGAAGCAUGCGGUGUUUUCCUCACUCGCUCACACCAGAACCAUUAAGCCAUGGCUAAUCAUCCUCACACAGAGCACUCGUGCCUCGCACGUGAUAACCGCGCACGCUUACGAUCCUCGCUCGCACGUGUGGGUGGAGAUGAAACUACCCCACCCUUUGAAGGGCCACCCCUCCGCCACCGCCGCCGUCCGAUCAUCUCACUCCACGCUGCUCUACACUCUCUCCCCCGCCGAAUUCGCCUUCUCCAUCGACGCGCUGCAUCUCGACUGGCACCACGCUCCCGCCCCACGCGUGUGGCGUACUGACCCGAUCGUGGCGCGAGUUGGACAGCGCGUGGUGGUAGCUGGCGGCGCGUGUGACUUCGAGGAUGACCCGCUGGCGGUGGAGAUGUAUGACAUGGAGAGUAACACCUGGGUGAUGUGCCAGUCCAUGCCGGCUAUGCUGAAGGGCUCGUCGGGGUCGACGUGGCUUUCGGUCGCCGUCGCCGGAGAGGCGGUGCUUGUGACGGAGGAAAGCUCCGGUAUGACGUUUUGUUUUGACACGGUUUCGAUGAAGUGGGAUGGGCCGUAUGAUCUUUGUCCUGACCAGAGUGUUGGUUACUGCGUUACGGGGAUGUUAGGGAAGAGGUUGAUGGUGGCGGGGGUGGUGGGGGACGGUGAGGACGUGAAAGCGGUGAAGCUGUGGGCGGUUAAGGGGGGGUUGGGUUCGGGAAUGAUGGAGGAAGUGGGUGAGAUGCCGGAGGAGCUGUUGGAGAAGUUCAAAGGUGAUUCUGAUGAGUUGGGUUCGUUGGAGGUGACUUGGGUUGGGAAUUUUGUUUACUUGCGGAACACGUUGGAGAUUGAGGAGUUGGUGAUGUGUGAAGUUGUGAAUGGGAGUAGGUGUGAGUGGAGGAGUGUGCGCAACGCCGCUGUGGAUGGCGGCACAAGGAUGGUGGUUUGCGGCAGCGAAGUGCGCUUGGAGGAUCUGCAAAGCGCAAUGGUUUCUGGGAUUCAAACAUUUCGUACAAAAGAAUUAUGAAAUGGGCGAGUUGAUUGUUCUCAUGGGUCGGCGUCUACCAUUUAGUUCGCUGGCUGCAUGAUGAUAAAUUAAUUUUACGGCAAUCUGUUGUGGAGAUAUUUUAUUCAACACCAAACCUGUGUGUUGAUUAUUGAAGUUGAUUUUUCUUUGUCUCGUUGAAAUUUAAGUCUUGUUUGUUUUGCUUCGGAUUUUACCUUGUUUUGAGCGAGAAUAACCAUGUUUGGUGUUUCCUCAACAAGGUUUUUUUUCUGUCUGAGCAGAAUAUUUGAAUCGGAAUUUGGUUUCAGUGGAA